CAGGGACCCGGGAGCAGGGGCGAGGGGCACACCGGGGAGCAGGCACGGCGGACCGGACUCAGCACGCGUGGCGGCGGCGGCGGUGGUGGCACCUCCGGGAGAAAAGGCAGUAGCUUGUCGGGGCAGGGUGGGGAAGUCCUGCCGGGACCGCGGAGAGCUGAAGGAUCCUGUGCAUUUUGUCAAACCGUGGAAAAGGAAAGGAAACUCCUCUACGGCCAAAUUUGGGAGUACCGUAACCGGUGGGGAGGAGGGGAGAGAGAUGCAACUGCCGCCCGUGUCGGUGCGUCGCGCAGUCGGGCUCCGACGCUGGUGAUGCCCGCCGUCCGGGGAUCACCGCCCAGCACCAGCAGCAGCAGCAGCAGCAGCAGCAGCGGCAGGAGCAGGUCGGGAAAACAGGGCGUCGGGGGGCGGAUGAUGAGGAUGGUAACGUCGGGAUCAUGGCAAACGGAACCGGCACUAUCAUGUUAAAAUGCGUCGUGGUCGGAGACGGUGCAGUGGGCAAAACGUGUCUCCUGAUGAGCUACGCUAAUGACGCCUUUCCCGAGGAGUAUGUCCCCACAGUGUUUGAUCAUUAUGCAGUGAGUGUCAACGUCGGCGGAAAGCAGUACUUGUUGGGACUGUAUGACACAGCUGGUCAGGAGGACUACGACCGGCUGAGGCCGCUGUCCUACCCGAUGACCGAUGUCUUCCUCAUCUGCUUCUCGGUGGUGAACCCGGCCAGUUUCCAGAAUGUGCGGGAGGAGUGGGUCCCCGAGCUGCAGGAGUACGCGCCCAGCGUCCCCUACCUGCUCAUCGGCACUCAGAUUGACCUUCGUGAUGACCCCAAGACCAUUGCCAAACUGAAUGACAUGAAGGAGAAGCCCAUAGCCACCGAGCAGGGACAGAAGCUGGCGAAGGAGAUCGGUGCAUGUUGCUAUGUGGAGUGUUCAGCGCUGACCCAGAAGGGCCUGAAGACGGUGUUCGACGAGGCCAUCAUCGCCAUCCUGGCCCCCAAGAGGAAGAAGGGAGCCCUGAAGAGGAGGCUGGGACCCCGCUGCAUCAACUGCUGCCUCAUCACGUGAUGCACAAGCCCAGACACCAUUCAAACAAAAAUCCACAAACCAAACCUGGACUUGAAGGCAAAAGACAGAUGACGGAAAAAAAAAAAAUGCAUAGACGGGAAAAGAGAGGCAGAGGGAGACCGAAGGACCGAAAAGGACAAAAACAAGAGCUGCUUUUAAGCUGCGGCGCUCUUGAACGGCCACCGGUCUCUCCUGCCGUCCAGCACUGGGGUUUAGGAUGCAGUUUACUACCAAAGGAGCACAAAACCCAAGUCAGUCUCUUCUGAUAGACUUUGUUUGCCUCAAAAGUACCUUCUUUUAUAACCAUUUUUAAUCCUUUUCCUGUAUAAACUUACUGAAAGCUGUCAUGAGAAAAGAAAACACCACAAAGUGGACAUUUCGAGUUUUAAGGGAAAAGCUACCCUCUAAAGAGGUCAGAUUAUUCCUGUGCAACUGGAUGGUUCAAGCUUGCGUCUCAAUUUGUGAAUACCAACAUUUCUCGCCUUCCUAAUUUGAUGCCAUUGAGAGAAACAGCCUGGAAUUGAUCCGGUGCGUUGAAAAUAAAUGGUGAGGCUGACUUUAGUGACACUGUGAUCAGAUUUCUGGGUGUAUCGGUGCACUUUCUAUAUUCAAAGAAAGUGCUGCAAAUCCCCUGUAGGCCCACAAAGUCUGUCUCCAAUUAUUUGUCAUUUGAGGAUCUCCAAAUUAUACCUCUCGAAGGCCGAGUUUGUUCCUCCAGUUUCUCGCUCUGUGAGUGUCUUUCACAUUCACAAAUUUUAAUUUAACUGUCCACGAUGGAAGAACAUAUAUGAAUUUUGUUUGGUUUUUAUUCCUCUUAAGUUAUGGUAUGUGUGUGUGGAUUGUUUUCCCAGUAUUUUUUUUUUUCUUUUGAAAUCAUAUUGAUAACAAUAGAAUGGAUGGGUUUAUGUAGCGCUCUGUAACUGGCCUCUAAGCGCUUUUCUCUUUUGUGUGGGGUAGCACACACACACAAUCCAAAACCAAUGAAAAACGGUUCUGAAAAUAGACUUUGGACCCACAACUAUAUUAUUUUAUACUUUGAGAGUAUUGUUUUUCCUCCCAGCCUUUAUGAAAGCUUCAUGAUUUUGUAGAAAUUAGGACUGGGGCUGAUGUUAUUAGAAGCCGAAGAGGUCUACUCCAAAAUACUAUAUAUCUACUUUUGGAAAAAAAAAAAGAAAAAAAAAAAAGAAAUAUAUUAUCUGAAAUUUAUGGUUCAAUAGCUCUAAAAUAUAGAUGAUCCAGUCUGUAAAAGUAUUAUUUUGUCCACCGAGGACAUAAGUUACAUACUAUGCUUUAAAAAGUACCAUCGUUUCUUUUUAUUUAUUGUUAUCCAUCAUCUUAAAAGCAGAUGUCAUGCUUUUCAAAUGGUGGGUAUCUCUGGAGACGAGGCUCCUCGCCCAAAGAAGCAAACGCGCACACUUUCAUCAACAUCGUGGUUAAAUUGACCUAAUACUGUAUAUCUGAUGCACAACACGAAGCACAGUCUGCGUCCCCUCAUGUCCCAACAAAGCACAUCCCUCCGCUCCCCGACGCUGUCCCUCUCCCCCGUAAAAAAAAAAAAAAAAAAAAAAGGCUGAUUUAAGCACAGAGCAUGCACACUUUCCAAUCAGGCACUAGUGAGAGCACAGUCCAUCAUCUUUCCGUUCAUCACCGCGGUCCAUCACCCCGACAAAAACCACGUGACGAGGCAUCGCUGCCGGGUGAAAACCUUGUACCUCCCAAAAGUCAAAUCUUCACUAAUAAAAACACACAUUUGCAGUUUGGCUGCCAUUGAAUUUUGAGGGAUUCAUAAACUUUGAGGGGUCAUAGAAAUGUUUGAGCCCACAGACAAGCAUGCAAUCCUUCAACAGAAAUGAAAGCUGCAGUAUUAAAACUGCCAAGGGCUGAUUUCAGUGAGGACUGUUUAGACUCAAGUGACAAAAAAAAGUGGAAUAAGUGCGUGACUUGACGCUCGCUUGGAUGCACUGACCUGCCGCUACAUAAGAGGCGGUGUGUCGGCAGCAGCUCUGCAUCUGGCUAGUACACAAAUUUUGUAAUUCUAGCUGCAAAAAGAAAUUAUGAUUAUUAUGAUAAAUUAUUCAUCAAGGCCGAACUUAAUCAUAUGUGUGCUGUGUGGACAAAUUCAGCUUCAGAAAGCUUUAUUUUUCUUUUAGGAAUCUGGGACAACUUCAACAUUUUUUCUCUGAUGAAGAUGGUAAUUUAGCUGUAAUAAAUGUGAAUGACAUUAAGCAAUUCUCCUAUUUACCAGCCUCCGUUUUUGGCCAUGCGUUACGACAGUGGUUCUCAAGCGGUGAGAUAAAAUAUAAGUCACGUAUGAGUCCGAAAAAUAAUUAGCCUAUGCUGUAACUUCAAUAAAAAUGUAAAUGUAAGUUUGAUGAACCAGGUUUUCUAUUCAGGUUUCCCGAAGGUGUCAAAUGUGUUUGUGGUUUAAAUCUGCAGCCUGUCUGUGGAGAUUCUCAGUCAUCCAGGUCAUGACAUGCAAGAAAGUUGAAAUCAAGGUCAACUGGACUUGAUAGUAGGUUUUUGAAGACGUUUCGCUUCUCCUGCAAGAAGCCUCUUCAGUUCUUGGAGGAGAGGCGAAACGUCUUGAAAAACCUACUGUCAAGUCCAGUUGGCCUUGAUUUUAACUUUCUUGCACAACAGAAACAACAAAACCCCCUAAGUAUCAGGUUGUUGUUUCACACACUGAUGGAGCUGGGUUGGAUCCAUAUUGGCUUUUUCCUGUCAGUUUUUUUUUUUUUCCAGCAGCAGCAGCAGUCAGGAGGCAUUGACUAAAAAAAUAUUUUAAAUCGGAUGCAUGUUUGAGAACCACAGUCGGGCACAGUGCCAGUUCAUGUGCUGGAUUUUAAUGGGAUGGAAACCAUGCAUGCCGGGUCUGUUGAGUCUGAAUGGUCCUCAGUUCAAUUAUUGCAGCUUAAAAGUGGAUUUACGAGGUUUUCACGUAGCAGUGAAGGCUAUUUACAGUCUGAGGAAAUGCGACUUUCGGUCAGCUUCCAUCCAUCAAACAGCCGUGUCUUUUUUUCCUUUCACAGCAACACUGUAGAAACUGGAAAUCCCACAGGAACUCGCUGAUCUGCGUAAUAAAAUCACACUGACGCGAUAUAUGAGGUAUACCAGAAUUUGGUAAAUACUUAAAUGAUCUAUGGGUCCACAAAGCAGUUUCACACCCACACGGCUCAAACAGUCCUGAAGGCCUCGAUGGAGUAACUCGUGGUAAAAGUGUGACUGAAGAUCCAAAAAAUACAGGCUCUCCUUGUCUUUAUGCAUUUGUUAUUGGCUUUUUCUAACUUUUGUUUUUGUUUCUAAAUGUUAAUCAAAGGUGCCAAUACUUGCUAAAUGACCUCUGUUAGCCUAUAUUUAAUUUUCCGUUCAGAAUCAGACGUGUUGAUUGAUUAAAGCUUUAAUGUAAACGGUGCUCCUCUCUCUCUCUCUCUAUCCCUCUCUCUCUCGCUCUCUCUCUCUCUCUCUCUCUGUCCCAGCCUGCGUUGUGUUCUGUCUCUUGACCCUGAACAGCAGAAAAAUGCCUGCAGGGUG